CGGUCUACCUCUUCUUCCAUCCGUCUACAUAUUAGCCGACUUCUGUUGUUCUGGCCGUCUCUUCGCCAACUCCGCAAGCAGUUCAUCGUCGAUAUUACCGCAAACCUAAAUCGCCUUCGCGCCGGGAAACCUAGAAGCGGUAAGCGCGAUUCUUGCGAGGGUUUAGUUGCCGGGAUACAACAAUCUGACGGCGAGGUAUUGAUGGCGAAAGACGAUGGGAAAUUAAGCGUCGCGAAGAGAGCAUACAAGACCGCGCAAGCGGAGGGGAAUCGACAAGAGGAAGCGCGAUGGGCGAACGUGAUAGGUGACAUACUGAAGAACAGAGGAGAGUACGUUGAGGCGCUCAGAUGGUUACGGAAGGAUUACGACAUCUCUGUUAGAUACUUGCCGGAGAAGGAUCUGCUGGCUACUUGCCAGUCCAUCGGGGAGCUAUACCUCCGCCUCGAGAACUUCUCUGAUGCGUUGGUUUACCAGAAAAGGCACUUUGAGCUUGCAACUGGCGCAAAAGACCUUGCCGAGCAGCAAAGAGCAAGCACCCAACUUGGUCGCUCAUACCAUGAAAUGUUCUUAAGGUCCGAGAAUGACUACUAUGCAGUUCGGAAUGCUAAAAAGUACUUCAAACUAGCGAUGAAGCUAGCUGAGACUCUCAAGGGAAAUCCACCGACUAAUAAUUCUUCUUUCAUCAAGGAGUACAUAGAUGCACAUAACAACAUCGGAAUGCUUGAAAUUGAUCUCGAAAACUUGGAAGCGGCAAAAGAUAUCCUUGACAAGGGACUAAAGAUCUGCGAUGAAGAGGAGGUGAAUGAAAAGGAUGAUGCUCGAACUCGGCUCCAUCAUAAUCUUGGAAUUGUUUAUACGGAGCUAAGAAGGUGGGAUAAAGCCCGAGACCAUAUUGAGAAAGAUAUUCUAAUAUGUCAAGCACUUGGUCAGGCCCAAGGGGAGGCAAAGGGCUUCAUCAAUCUCGGUGAACUGCACUAUAGGGUCCAAAAGUAUGAUGAUGCAAUUCUUUGCUACCAGAAGGCUCUUGAACUAGCAAAAUCCAUGGAAGACGAAGAUGCGUUGGUGAAACAAAUUGAACAGAACAUCACAAUUGUGAGAGAAGCAAUGAAGGUAAUGGAUGAGCUGAAGACAGAAGAGCAGAAUCUUAAGAAGUUAACCAGGGAUAUGAUCUCUGUUAGAGGCACAGCGCAUGAGAGGAAGUCUUUGCUGAAGCUUAGUUCAUUACUGGAUCAUCUUAUUGAGAAGUCCAGAAUGAUCUUUGCAUGGACGAAGCAUCGUGAAUUUGCGAAACAGAAGAAGCAAGUGGCAACUCAACUCUGUGACAAAGAAAAGCUUAGUGAUGCUUUUCUGGUUUUAGGAGAGUCAUACCAGAAGAUUAGAGACUUCAACAAGGCGAAUAAAUGGUACUCAAAGAGUUUGGAGGGGUAUAAAUUGAUUGGCAAUUUGGAGGGCCAAGCAUUGGCUAAAAUAGAUAUUGGUGGUGUUCACGACUGUCGUGGUGAUUGGUCAGGUGCACUGGCUGCAUUUGAAGAAGGCUACAGGAUAGCCGUGGAAGCUAAUCUCCCAUCUGUUCAGCUUGAUGCCCUUGAGAAUAUGCACUAUAUGCAAAUGAUGAGAUUUGAGAAUGCUGAAGAGGCAAGGAGGUUGCAACUUGAAAUUGACCACCUGAAGCAGUUGAAAGAUAGGGAUGCUGAGAAGAAACAUAGCGAUCGCUGCUCUGAGACUGACACAGGAGAAGGCGAUUGUUCAUCAGGCAGUUUAUCCUCUAAGCCAUGCUCUCCGAAUGCUGGUGAAUCCUUUGCUGGAAGACCCCUAUCUUCAGCCUCUGUUGACGAGUUGAAGGAUGACGUACCUCUGAUUACACUACUUAAGUCCACUAAGCAACUGUCUCGGAAAAAACAUACGAAUGAGAAAAGGCUUCAUGGUACUAAUGACCUUAUCGAAGUUUCUCCAAGAAGUUUUGCUAAAACAGCUAGCAGUCAACAGACAGUUGGUCGCAAGCGUGUUCGGGUGGUCCUUUCUGACGAUGAAGAUGUAAUAAACGAGAAGGGGGAUUGCUUGGGAAGAAAGUUUCAAACAGCUCCAGUUGAAGAUGUUGCUACAUCUGAUGAAAGCGGGAGAAAAGGCGUUGCAGCUUGUUCUUCAUUUAAAACUCGAGAUUUGUCAAUAGAUGCUUCCAAAUAUGCCACCGAUUCAUCCAACCAAGUUAAAGUUGAAGACAUUGCUUUUCCUUACAGAUCUCCAAAUCCUAAAGUGAUAACUCGUGCUAAUCAAGUUUUGAGAUCUGUUAGUGGGGGUGAAAUAAUUCUUGGAUCUGAUUCUGCAACUAGUGGUUCUAUAUGCGGACUUGGUGCUUCUGACACGCUCCCGCGUGAAGAAGAUGCUGCCUAUUUCAACAUGCAUGAUUCUGGCAGUAACAAUAAACGAACCAUAACAUUCCAAAUUGCCAAUGACCUGAUAAAUUUUGAGGCUGGCUCAAGCUUUGCUCUUAGUGAAUUAAGAAUCGAAUCUGUGAGUACCGAAGUGGCGUGCUUAUACUAUUUACAACUUCCUUCAGAGAAGAGAUGCAAAGACCUGCAUAUCUUUCAAGUCAUGGUGUCCUGCUCCACACAGAAUCAUAAAACUGUCUCAUUAGGCUUGUUGCCCAUCAUUCAACACUUUAACCAUAGUGGACACAUUCUGGAAUCAUUGGAUGAACUUGAAUCUCUCAGCGACGAUGCAGGAAACAUCUUCAUUGAAGUUUCUGUUGAGGGAUGGGUUCAGAAGCGGCUGAUGAAACUGUACAUUGACUGCUGUAAUGAAUUAUCCGAGUCACCCAAUAUAAAUUUGCUUAAGAAGCUGUACAUAUCAGAGGUGGAGGAUGAAGUUAGUGCUUCGGAGUGUGGGUUGCAAGAUAUAUCUAUAGCUCCGUUAUUAAAAGCCCUGCACACGCACAAGACAGUAGUCAUGCUGGAUCUUUCUCAUAACUUACUAGGAAAUGGAACGAUGGAGAAACUUCAACAAUUUUUCACAUCAAGCCAGAUGUAUGGUGAUCUAACUUUAGACCUGCACUGCAACCGAUUUGGACCUACUGCAUUGUUUCAGAUCUGUGAAUGUCCUGUCCUCUUUUCUCGGCUUGAGGUGCUUAAUAUCUCUGGCAAUCGACUCACAGAUGCAUGUGGAUCAUACCUGUCAACUAUAUUGGGAAAAUGCAAAGCUCUUUACAGUUUGAAUAUAGAACGCUGCUCCAUCACAUCUAGAACGAUUCAAAAAGUUGUUGACGCAAUACAUUCUGAUUCAGUCUUGGCAGAACUUUCUAUAGGACAUAAUCCCUUAUCAGGAGCUUCCAUCACCAAUCUAUUAAGAAGACUUUUCACCUUAAAUAGCUUUGCAGAGCUGGAUAUGAGUGGUCUGAAACUAAACAAGGAAGUCAUCGACAACCUGUGUGAACUUGCAAAGCAUUCUUGUUUGACGAGUUUAAGUGUUGGGAGCACCGGCAUGGGAAAUGAAGGGGCUCUGCAGUUGACUGAUUCAUUCCCCUCCGGAUCUCGAGAAUCUUUGAAACUGGACCUAUCGUACUGCACACUGACAUCCACAUAUGUUCACAACCUUGCCUUGAAUUUCAGCCUUGCUUGCUGUAUUAUGGAGCUGAAUCUCCAAGGAAAUUCUAUUAUGCCUGCGGGAGGAAAUGCAUUACUAUCACUUCUGAAGCAGCCUGGGUGUUGCCUCAGACUUCUGGUCCUUAACAAAUGUCAGCUGGGAUUUCCCCUUGUUCUUCAGUUGAUCCAAACCCUUGCAGAGAAUGAUCAACUGGAGGAGCUCCAUGUUGCUGAGAAUGACGAUCUGCAGAAAAAUGAAAUCUCAGCCUCAAAUAAAUCAUCGACAGACGAAAGGUUACUUGAUCACCAAGUAAACGUGGAAUGUGAUGACGGCCUUGUAGUUGCCGACAGUGAGGACUCAACCAGAGUCGAAGCUACAGCAAGAGCUGCCGCAUCUCGUUUGGAGCUCAACGACACUUGCACAAGCUCCUGCAGGAAGAUGGCGAAUGAGAAUGAGAGCAACAACAACAACCUCCUGUCAUCAUCAAAUGGAUAUGGCAUCAUGGUCAAGCAGCUCUCGGAAGCCAUUGCUGCAGCCAAGGCAUUGCAGCUGUUGGAUUUGAGCAGGAACGGGCUGUCGAUGCAAGAUGUGGAAGCACUGUACGGCUCAUGGUCGUCGAGAGUAGCGAAAGGUUGUUCAUCUCAGAAGCACGUGAAGGACCAAGUUGUCCAUUUCUCAGCUGGAACAAAGAAGUGUUGCAGGAAGCCUUGCUGCAGAAGGGAGUGAAUGUUUGGAUCCUUGCAUGCAUAAUCGUAAUUCCAUCCUAGUUAACUAAAACGACAAUGAACUACCUAGUUUACAUAAGUGGGAUGUUUUCUUCAUUCCCUUUCUCCUCCCUGCACUGUACAUUUGUCAACUCCUCUACCGCUUCCAUUUUCCGCUGGCCAGAUCCUUCCAAUUUUAUGCUCCUUUCGCUAUGGGUAACUUUGGCCAGCCGCAGAGUAGUCUUUCUGUUCAUCUAUUGGUCUACUUCUCUAAUGUUGUUACACCUCCCAAAAUAAUGAAAAUAUGUCUCUUUGCACAAACAAGCAAGAAACAACCGAAAAUGUAACAACUCUUCGUUCAAAUUUGCUGAGGGGAAUGAAUACACAAC